UGAAGGUUAUCCUUGUGGCCUGAUUGGAUGUGUUUCCCAAAGAACCUGCAACAUAUGGGAAUUCCACACUUACACCAUGCCGACCAGUUGUUUGAUGCACCAUGUUCAGAGCAAACCAUGUGGCAAAUGUCGCUUUAGGAUGCUUUAGGAAAACGGGAAAACAGUCUCAGACAGUGGAGAAUAGCUUCAGGGAAUUCCAUGCCAAAGUUGACGCAUCCCGACUUGGUCUGGGCGCCUUGACCAGCUGCCCAGUUGCCAGUGCCGCAGUUGGACUUUGAUGCCAAGGUCACUGAGUGCGCAGCCGGGCUUGGUUGGAUUUGCGAUUGCUCCAAGAGAUUCUGAGAGAGCAUCGGCAUGUGUCAAGAGACCUUGGAAAACGGCUUUAUAUGGAUCUAAAAUGAUCUAAAGGUCUAAAGGGUUCCAGGGUACUGUUUGAUCAAACCAAAGAACGCUUGCGGAUGUUCUUUGCCGUACAUUGCAGGACAUGUUGUGGAACGUCGGUCCGUGAAGCCGUUCAUCGUUUCAUCAUGGCGCUGUACACAUGCAUGGAAGCUGCCAUGAAGGUGCUGUCACAAAAAGGUGGAAGUGAGGGACAGAAGGUGGUGGCAAUUGUCCAGGAGAUGAUGGAAGGCAGGAGAGUCCCGAGAUGUGUUGAGACAACGAAUGUUCACCCCGUCAUCAUACUGGAGGGAUUGGAUGGAACAGGAAAAACCACCGUCAUUGAAGGACUUCAGAGGGAAUUGGGAGAUGUCAACUGCCUUAGCAGCCCGCCGGAGUGUUUGCGCAGCUUCCGGCAACAUUUCGAUGGCCAAGUGUCGCACAUUCGAAGGGCUUUCUAUUUGCUUGGAAACUAUGCAUGCGCCUUAAGUCUCAGGAAGCAUUCAGAAAAACCCGUCGUGAUUGACCGCUUUUGGCCAUCAUCUAUCGCAUAUGCAUUGGCACUUGACCACCAGGUUGUGCCAAAUGACAUGCCAGAGGAGUUGAAAGGGGCACUGCAAAUGCCUUUGGACUUGCAGGACUUGAUGCCAGGCCCUGUGGUUUGGCUUCUCCUCCACCUUCCUGAAGCGCAACGUGUCAGACGCGUGCGCCAUCGAGCCGCCGAUGGCAGUGGGAUGACUCCAGAAGAGGUGAAGUUGGAGGACCAAAAGCUUCCUACCAACUUGAUGGACAUCUAUCGUGUCCUGAAGAUUGGAGAUGAUAGAUUGGUGGAAAUUGAUGCCUCCGGCAGCACGGAAGAAGUGCUGAGACGGGUGCAAGAGGUUGUGAUCUCCAAGUGUGAGCAAUGGAGACAGCUCACUCCUGUGUCAGUGCCCAUAUCUGUGAACUGGCACUUCACACGGCAAUGCAACUACCAUUGUGAAUUCUGCUUUCACACCGCAAAGACCAGCUUUUGUUUACCUAGCACAAAAGAUGGCCUUGAGGAGUCUAAGCGAUGCCUCGCGCGCCUGCGUGACGCGGGAAUGCAAAAGAUCAACUUCAGUGGUGGGGAACCCUUCCUUCAUGCAAAAGCCUUGGGGACGUUGGUGCGCUUUUGCAAGGAAGAGUUACGCCUAGAAUCAGUGAGCAUUGUGUCAAAUGGAAGCCACAUCACAGCGAAAUGGAUGGAGGAGUUUGGAUACUUUCUCGACAUUUUGGCCAUCUCCUGUGACUCCUUCCAUGAGGCGACCAACGUGCUCAUUGGCCGUGGUAGAGGUGAGCAUGUGAAGCAGUUGGAGAGCAUCCGCCAGUGGUGCGAUGACUUUGAGGUGCUCUUCAAGAUCAACAGCGUGAUCACCAAACACAAUGUGAAUGAGGAUAUGUCUGCUCACAUCGAGCGUUUGAAGCCCAUCCGGUGGAAGGUGUUUCAAUGCCUUCCAAUCAAAGGCGAGAAUGUCGGUGACGUGGAGCGCAACGUCGAGCCACUGCUCAUCCCACCGGAAGCAUUCCAAGGCUUCAUCGACCGGCACAGGCGUUGUUCCAGUGUGAAGCAAGUCCUUGUGGCGGAGAACAAUGUGACAAUGAAAGAUUCCUACCUGAUUUUGGAUGAGUAUUUGCGAUUUCUAAACUGCACCAGUGGGGCCAAGGUCCCUGGUCCUUCCAUCCGAGACGUCGCAGUGGUAAGUGCUUUGCGGACCGCGGGCUUUGAUGAGAACAUGUUUCAACAACGACUCGGUGAAUAUGAAUGGAGCAAAGACAAGGUGCUGCAAAAAGAAAGGAGAACCAAGCAAGCAAAAAGGACAGGCUUGAUGGUUCUGAGCCUUGCUCUUUGUGGUGCUGCACUGGCUCUUGUUGCAAAGCAUCGAAGGUGCUUUUCUUGAAAUUCGGCAGUAGAGUCAGCAUUUGGUUCAGAACGUGCAGAGGCACAAACCAAUUAUUCAAUCACACGCUUUAGAGUGUUCUUCGUGUUCUG